CGCCCGGUCCACCGUAAGCCGUCGCCACUCGCCGCCCGCCGGUCGGCCGUCCAGUUGCAUAGUGAGUGGCGUUUAAGUUGCUCGCGUUGUCAGUUUCGCGCUAAAAUGUUUUCCGUUUCGAAACGCGCCGCGACACAAUCGUUUCUUCGAUAACAUCUUAAAUCCGAUAUAGCCGCGUGAUAGAGAUAGUGACGUCCUAAUUUUAUUUUAUUACGUUAUAAUUCAUUGACCAUGUAAAUCGUUCGCGAAAUAAAGCGGGUCGUUUAUGUUGUAACAAAAAGAAAACAGAUAUUCUGGGAAUGCCCACAUGUGGUAAACUGCUAACAGCGGUUGCGUUUGUUAUAGUGUCACGAUGCCGCGAAGAAAUAAAUGGAUGCAUCUGGUGGCCGGAGUCAUAGCCGGAGUUACGCUUGGAGUAUUCUUAAAAUUAUGCUUAAGACCUUCCACUCGGACGUCCAUUGAGACUUGUCCGGAAGCUGCAAAAUUAUACGCUCCCCCUGACCCAUUAGCGGUGAUAGGCUUGACGGCCGAGGAAACGAUACAAAACUCGAAUAGGACUUUAGUGUUUGUGGGUGUGAUGACUGCGGAACAGUAUUUGAAUACGAGAGCAAAAGCAGUUUACGAUACGUGGGCUCAGGACCUUCCUGGCCGAUUAGCGUUCUUUAGUUCUGAAGUGUCGCGAGCGCCUGGUUUGCCCUUAAUUCCCCUGCGCUAUGUUGACGACAGCUAUCCUCCUCAGAAGAAGUCGUUCCUAAUGUUAUUGUACAUGUACGAGAACUACGGAGAAAGGUUCGAAUGGUUUAUGCGUGCGGAUGACGAUGUGUACGUGCGUGGUGACAAAUUAGAAGAAUUUUUGCGGUCCGUGGACAGUAGAAAGCCGCAGUUUAUCGGUCAAGCGGGAAGAGGUACCACCGCUGAAAGAGAUGCACUGGCUCUGGACUACAAUGAAAACUUUUGUAUGGGCGGGCCUGGAGUGCUUAUAUCAAGGGAAACUCUUCGAAGAGUAGCGCCUCACGUCAAAUACUGCUUGAAGCACCUUUAUACUACUCAUGAAGAUGUGGAACUCGGAAGGUGUGUCGCGAAAUUUGCCGGGGUUUCCUGCACAUGGAGCUAUGAUAUGCAAACGAUACUUCAUCACAAUAGCAGUGGAACAGCUGCUUACACUGGCCGGCUGAAGAAACGGGAGGUCCAUCGAGCCAUUACCCUCCAUCCCGUAAAAGACCACAGACAGAUGUACCGGCUGCAUACUUACUUCAAGAACUUAAAAAUCCAGGAUCUUCGAGAAUCCACCCUAGACCUUCAUAGGGAUAUCGCGUCAUCACUCAAUAAACUAGGCGUGGAGCCAGACCAAGUAGCCGACUACAUGCUUCUAGAAGGCAUACCUCUUUUCCCAGCUAAAAUCGGCGAGCCAGGCUAUUUGGGUGACAACAAUAUAUUAGGAGCCCCGAUAGAUUUCAACAGAUACAAACCAGAGAACGUGGAAGAUAUUAUUCCAUUUGAGUUUAUCAGCAAAUCCAUUUAUUCAACCAGUCAUUCAAACCCGAAGAGACGUAUCGAGAGUCCACUGAAGGAAGCGUUGGACGAUGUUAUUAGAGAGGUUAUGGAAAUAAUAAACGCGCCAUCUCGUCAAAGAGGCCGUGUGAUCGACUUUAAUGAGUUACUGUAUGGGUACACUCGUCUGCAGCCGCUACACGGAGUGGACCACGUGUUGGAUCUGCUGCUGAAGUACCGAAGAUACCGAGGUCGAAAGAUGACCGCUGCUGUCCGAAGACAUGCGUAUCUUCAGCAGAGUUUCACUGCCACUGAGAUACGCGAACUGCCAAUGGGUGAGCCUCCGCCAUUCGAGGAUCCAGAAAUCCUUGAAAAAAUACACAGCAAAGAUCCUCUAAACGAGUACGCGGACUUCGAUGAACCGAGCCAACGGCCGGCCGGCUUCCUCGACUUCGGAAAGCUCAACGUCAAGGAAGCCAUAGAAAGCGGUCUCAUGAAACUGCAGAAUCUGCCAAACGUCCUCAAAUGGUCCGACGACGACUACGAGUACCCAAUAUACGAUAGAAGAAUACAUUUCAUCCUGCCUCUCAUGGGGCGGCAAGAGAUAUUUUCCCGUUUCAUGAAGAACUACGAGGACGUCGUCCUGAAGAGCGACGAGGCGGUGAGCUUGAUCGUGGUCCUGUACCUGGACGUAAAGAACCCGCUGGACUACAGAAACGCCGAGGCCUUGGUAGACCACUACAACGACAUGUACGGAAAGGACGUAAAGAUCGUUCACAUGGGCUCGACCACCUUUUCGCGAGGAGCGGGCCUGACCGAGGGUCUACGGCGGUGCGCGAGCGACGACCUCGCCUUCUUCAUAGACGUGGACAUGAUGUUCAAUCACAUCACCCUCAGGCGGAUCAGAAUCAAUACGGUGAAAUACCACCAAGUCUACUUCCCGAUUGUGUUCAGCGAGUACAAUCCCGAGGUCGUGAACGGGGACGAUUUCAACAAGUUCAAAGACGAGCCGGCGGUGUCGAACUCUAACUUAGGUAAAUUUGUGGACGAAGUUCCCAAAACUGACAGGCAAUUGGCCGAUCUGAAGUACAGCAAGGAAAUCGACGACGAUUUCGGUUACUUUAGGCAGUACGGUUUCGGUAUACUCAGCAUUUUCAAAUGCGACUUCGAGAGGGUGGGCGGCUUCGACCUGAAGAUAAAGGGGUGGGGUUACGAGGACGUCCAGUUCUUCGAGACCCUGAUUAAGUCCAAUCUUACAGUUUAUAGGAUAGCGGACGAGAGUUUGGUGCAUAAGUUCCAUUCGGUGGACUGUGAUAAGAAUCUAGAGAAGAGUCAGUUUUUGAUGUGUCUGGGCACCAAAGCGUCGACGUACGGGAGUGAGAAACACAUGACAUAUUACAUGCUGAACCACCCGGAGGUGCUCUGGCCCGACGAAGGCGAAGGGAAGAAGGGAGCCAGCUAGUACGGGACGGCCGGGACAGCGUUUACGUCUAGGGUGUUCGAUGUAUAUUUUGUAAUUCAGUAUUGUGAUUGAGUUCAGGACAGAGGGAGGCUCGGCUUUUCGAGACCUUUACACACGACGGGCGAGAGGAACUGCGGUGGAACAUAAUAAUUAUAAUUGUACAUACUUCGGUGAAUUGUAUUUUUGUAAGCAUUUAUUGUAGAUUAAACAUGUUCCUAGAAAAUA